UGAUUCCUCCUGUUUAUUUUGCGCUAGCUUCUUGCCUCCAGACUAGUACUGCUAGAUUUCUCAUCUCGCCGGUGCCUGAAGUCGCCUCAUUUCUUGCGCGCCUGUCCUUAGAAACAUCAAUUUCAUGUUUUACGUUAACAGAUAUAUCGACCCUUCACGCCGCCUGUUUCCGCAGCAUACUGAGCCGCAUCGCACACAGCCUUUUGAAUUAUACUAAAAACAAGGCCGGGCUUCCAUCCCCCGCUGUGGAAGCGCGCUCACCAUGGGACGUCCCAUCAGCCGCAUUUGGCUCGGCGCGCUAAUCCUGCUGACGUGUCUCGCGGCUGCGGUUCCUCCCGUCCGCUGUCAGCCCUACGCCGCCUCCCAAGUGCAACUCCUGCUGGGCUUGCAGAAGGCGUGGGGGCGGACUUUCGCUGGGUGGGUAGCUGGAGGGGACUGCAGCACUGCCGAGCAUGUGAAUUGUGAUGAACACGGCAUGGUAACCAGCAUGGAUCUAGCCUUCCAAGACUUAACCGGACCCAUCCCAUCAACGAUCGGCAGCAUGGUCAGCCUGAGCUACCUGAAUAUGGGAUUGAAUUCCUUGACUGGUUCUAUUCCAUCUACCAUUAGCAGCAUGAGCCGCCUAACUCUCCUGAGUCUAAGCUCAAACUUCAUCUCGCAGACCAUCCCAGGGUCCCUUGCGAACCUCAACAACUUGAAGGCAUUGUACGCGCUCCUAUUCGGAUAAGUGUUAGAGAAAGAUACCUUUACAACAACAGUUUAAGCGGCAGCAUCCCUGAAUCCAUAAGCAAGCUCGUCAUGGUCUCAGUACUAUCGCUGUUUAAAAACCACUUAAGCGGCAACAUUCCUGAAUCCCUCAGCAAGCUCGUAAAUCUGACAUUUCUGGAUGUCAGCCAAAACAAUCUUACUGGCCACCUCCCUCCAACAAUGGGCAGCCUUACCCGUCUUUCAUAUCUGUACGUCAAUCCAUUAUCACCACUGGUACACAUGUGGCACACCAGUCCCAUCCGACAUGCAAGGAUCGUUGUGCCAUAGGAUUCCAUAUGAGAAUUAAAUCCAAAUCCUCUUAUUUCAUCAGUCUUAAAAAUCACUCCCUGUGCACAUGCACGUUCGAAGUGAUGUCAUCCUGGGGUAUUGCAAUGGCCUUAUGCAAUGGAAACCUGAGGUGACUCUUCCACUCUAGCCUUAUGCAACGGGACUUGGGGAGCGGUUUUCAAGUAAAGAGAUUUUCAGGAGGAUGAAAUCUCAAUCCUUUUUAAGCAGUGUGAGCAACACUCUCUGUGCACAUGCAGAAUCAGAUCUCACACAGCAAUCACAUGCCCACCGGACUACAGCACCUGCAUGGUCACACAGGACAAUUCAACUGCUUUCUGCCAGCAGUGCCCCUCCUUUUGCACAAUUUGUGGCAAGUCACGACCCGGUGAGACUCAAUCUCCUUUGGCCCCGCACCACUCGGUGAGACACAAUGUCUUCUGGCAAUUCACCAAGUUAUUGCCUUCUCAUGUUAUGCACCAAGAAUCCACACAGCAACUCAUUAACCCCUUAUAUAUAUGUUGCAUCUGUUGCACAUUCACCCAUCACUUUCACUAGUCGCUAUCAUUCACCAGUAUCUGUUUCAGACGCUUUCCUUCCCCUCCCCACUCCUUCCCGCCCCUCCCUAUUCAACCCCCCAACACCCCCCUUCCAACCUACAGCACCCCCGUCCCUAUCUCCACCCCAAUCUUCCAUCACCAUCCCCACGCCCACUCCACCCACCACGCCCUCUCCACCUCCUCCCACUUCCAUUCCCAGUCAACCCGCAGCCUCUCCCUCAAAGUCUGGAGGCGGCCUGUCAGUGGGUGCCAUAGCUGGCAUGGCUGCUGCAGGGGUUGUGGCCAUCCUCGUGCUGCUGCUGCUAGGUCUGAUGCUUUGCAAGCAAUGGCGUACCAAAGGGGCUGAAUCACGAGGCAAUAGUAUGACAGAUGUGGAAAGCAAGGGUUUGGCAGCACAUGAAGCACUCCAAGAUGAAGGAUACAAGGCAGAGGAGAGGGACCCAGAAGCGGCGGCGGCAGCGGCAGCAGCGGCAGCAGUGGCAGCAGGAGCAGCAGCAUCACGAGGGUGGGAUGGAGGGGAUUUGGUGGUGGAUAUGGAGGCAGUGAAGCCGCAAGUGUGCCGGAAGUUCACUCUGGAAGAGCUGGCAAACGCAACAGCGGAUUGGGCCGAGGGCAACAGGAUUGGCAGCGGCAGCUUUGGGGAUGUAUACAAGGGCGUGUCUCCAUACGAUCCUGAUGAGAUAUGGGCUGUGAAGCGAUCCAAGAUACUGUCUAAUGACUUUCUUACAGAGGUGAACGAGAUGGCAUCAAAGCACCACCCGCACCUGGUGCGCCUGCUGGGCUACUGUGUAAACAUCGAUCUGAGCACGAGCCGCAUGGAGCAACUGUUGGUGUAUGAGUUCAUGGCCAACCGAGACCUGGAGAGCUGGAUUGGACCUGGUGCCCCACAGCAUCUUUCGCUGUUGCAACGGCUGGACAUUCUGAUUGGAGUGGCAAAGGGGCUGCAGUACCUGCAUGACUUUGGUAUUGUGCAUCGCGACAUCAAGCCAGCCAACAUUCUUAUUGACACAAGAAUGCAGGCCAAGAUUGCAGACUUUGGGCUUGUGAAACUCACUGGGGGCACCACUAUGGGCACGUCUAUGGCUGCCACUCGAGUAAUGGGAACACCCGGCUAUGUGGAUCCAGCCUACUAUAAGUCACACAAGGCCACUACAGCAGCAGACGUCUACAGCUUUGGAGUGGUGAUGCUGGUGGUCAUCUCAGCACGCAAGGCCUUGCACGUGGAAGAGGACAGCCAGAUCAACCUGAGGCAAUGGGUCGCCCCAUUCGUGGAGUCCGGUGCCGUGGCAGUGUUCAAGGACUCUUACUUGGACGCACCAAAUGAUUUGGUGCUGCGCUUGGCUUGCCUUGCCCUCUCCUGCACGGCCAUGCCUGCGGCCUCCCGCCCCUCUAUGAGCCAAUUACUGGUAGAGCUGGUGAAGGUCAAGCAGGAGAUGUUUGGGGCGCAAGUGAACAAGGCUGUAUCAACCAUCUUCAUGGACACUGGGAGUUCGGUUAGCAGCUCCUCCGGCUUCACUGCUGAGAUGGCCCGUGCGGAGCGCGAGGGCAUGCAGAGUUGCUCCUCCACCAGCAUGUCCUAGGAGGGCAAUUUUUUAUAUUAAUUUAUUUACUUGAACAUUUGCUUAGUAACCUUUUUAUGACAACCUAGAGGUUUGAGGGUUCAGAGGCUUCUACCCAUUAGAAUUUUGGUAUGAAGGACAAGUCGAGUUAUUCAUUAUUUCCACCUGA